AUGGCUUCAAAGGAGAAAAAUUCCAGGUUUGGGGACCUUCCUCUCAGCACGAGCGGCGACCUCGAAUGUGCCUUGACAGGCACACUCUUGCUCAGUCAUCCCUUUUUCAACAAGGGAUCAGCUCACACGUCCGAGGAGCGCCGUGUUUUCAACCUCACCGGGUUGCUUCCCCAAAGCAUCCAGAACCUCGACCAACAAGUCAAACGUGCUUAUGAACAGUACUCGUCCCUUCCUGAUGACCUCACCAAGAACACGUUCAUGACUUCCAUGAAAGAGCAGAAUGAGGUGUUGUUCUAUAAGCUGCUGCAAGAGCACAUCGACGAGAUGUUCAGUGUGAUAUACACGCCCACCGAAGGCGAGGCCAUUCAGAAUUACUCUCGUGUCUUCAGACGACCGGAAGGAUGCUUUCUCAACAUCAACGAUGUCGAUCGGGUCCGUCAUGAUCUUGCACAGUGGGGCAGGCCAGAAGAUAUCGACUACAUCGUGGUCACAGAUGGAGAGGAGAUCUUGGGCAUUGGAGACCAAGGAUGCGGUGGUGUCCUGAUCUCUGUAGCGAAGCUCGUCCUUACCACCCUGUGUGCCGGCAUCCACCCAAAUCGCACAUUGCCUGUCGUUCUUGAUUGUGGUACAGACAACGAAGACUUGCUCAAGGAUGACUUGUACCUUGGUCUCCGCGAGAAGCGCGUUCGAGGCGAGCGGUAUGACAAGUUUGUCGACACUUUUGUUCAGGCCGCCAGAGAGCUCUAUCCUGGGGCCUAUGUCCACUUCGAAGACUUUGGAAUCACGAAUGCACGACGACUCCUCGACUCUUAUAGGCCCAAGAUCGCCUGCUUCAAUGACGACGUCCAGGGCACUGGAUGUGUUACACUCGCAGGCAUUAUGGCUGGCCUGCAUGUUACCAAGCAGAAGCUGAGCGAUAUGCGCAUGAUCAUCUUUGGUGCUGGUACGGCUGGCUGCGGGAUCGCUGAUCAGGUCCGCGACGCCAUUGCUGCGGAGAGGAAUAUUAGCAAAGAAGAUGCGUCCAAGCAAAUUUGGCUACUUGAUAGACCCGGCCUACUCACCACGGCGACAGAACUCAACCAGGCACAGAAAUCUUUUGCCAAGUCCAAAGAGGAAUGGGACGGCAAGUCGACUGAUCUUCUGAGCGUGAUCAACGAGGUGCAUCCCAACGUCCUCAUCGGCACGUCCACCAAGCCGAAUUCUUUCACUGAGGAAAUUGUGAAGAGCAUGGCUUCCCACGUCGAUCGACCCAUUGUCAUGCCCCUCUCUAAUCCCACCCGUCUACACGAGGCUGUUCCUGCUGACAUACUCAAAUGGACCGACGGCCGUGCCCUGGUGGCGACCGGGUCCCCAUUUAAGCCCGUCAAGGGUCCCUGGGGCGAAGGUGGGGAGGAAGUCGAGAUCGAGGUGGCCGAAUGCAACAACUCCGUCGUCUUCCCAGGCAUCGGUCUUGGCUGUGUGCUCUCUCGGUCCAAACUCUUGACCGACAAGAUGCUUGUUGCCGCAGUGGAGGGCGUGGCAGACAUGAGCCCAGCCCUCAAGGACGACAGGGCUCCUCUUCUGCCUGGCGUCGACGUGGUCCGCAAGGUGAGUGUAAACGUCGCCAAGAAGGUCAUUCGCGCAGCCGAGAAGGAAGGCGUGGUGCAGGAAAAGGAUAUCCCCAGCGAAGAUGAGGCCCUGGAGGACUGGAUCCGUGAACAGAUGUGGGAUCCCGUUUACCGUCCACUCAAAUUUGUCAAGAAAGAGCUGGCGAGCAGACAAGCAAAGGGCGAGCUGCGUGUUGUGGGCACCGUGGAGCGCAACAACGGGAAUUAAAUCAACGGCCUGCAGGCACGUUUUUUUCUUCAUCUUUGGUCAUGGAUAUACCUAGAUGCUAGAUUUCAUGAGUCCUCUCCUUCCAUUACAGCACAGUAAUAUCCAACACGAUGCUGGGUG